ACUAUUCUUCUGGUUCUUCGAGUCUCGUUCUGAUCCAGCCCAGGACCCGCUCGUCCUAUGGCUUAAUGGUGGCCCUGGCUGCAGCAGCAUGACAGGACUCUUCCACGAGAAUGGACCAUGCAAGGCUAAUGAUGAUGGAACGGAUACCGAGCCCAACCCGUAUUCUUGGAAUACGCGAGCCAAUCUCCUCUUCGUUGACCAGCCUGCAGGAGCAGGAUUCGCUGACGGACCACUCGUGACGAAUGGCUCCUUCGAGGCAGCUGACGACUU